AUGUCCGCAGCUCUGAUCCUCGUGGCCGUCGUCGGCCUGUUCGCUGGCCAGGCGCUUGCGCAGGAUGAUCCCACAAUGCCGGUCGUCAUCCGGCUGCCGCCUAUGUCCACUAAGCCUAGGUUCCUCUCCGAGGUCUCUGCACCACGUGCAGUUCAACCUCCAGUAGUCCACUCGCCGCCGGCUAAUCCUUCCCCAGCCGUGGUCCCUGCAGCGCAACAACCGCUGCCUCCAUCACCACCGGCGGCACAGCAACCAGUUUUCCAACAAACUGCUCCUCCUGGUAGCCAGCAGUUUGUUCCAAGAACAAGUGGCAGCGUGCCACCACCACCACCAGUCACUAUCCCUCCAGAUGUGCAAAAUCAGCUGAUCAAGUUCUUUGGAUUAGAUUCUUUCGGAAUUCCAGGUCUCACCGGAAAUCAUCCCAAUGGUUUUGCUGGUGCCGUCCAAGAGCUGAGAGCAGCAGGAAUUCCAGUACAGGGACUCCCAGCAGAACAUAUCAAUGGGAACGCUGUUUCCCAUGCUGCUCCUACUCAACAAGUAUCUGCCGACGUUCUCGCGCAGGCCAACCCCAAGUUCCAAGAUCAACUAACGCAGCUCGUAAACGAAGCUCGUAACUCGGGCCCCUUCGAAGGAAAUGGUGGUCACGUCCCACUUCCUGCAGACAAGCCAGGAGAGAAUGGCUUGAUCGGAUUGUUAUCAAACUCUAUUCGUAAACUAGUCAAAGAAACUGGUGUAUCUGAUGCUUUGUCACAAUCGUUGCCAUCACUUUUGGGAUCUAACCAUGCUUCAUCUUCUUCCGCUGCUGCUGCUCGACAUGGGGCCUCAUCUUCCUCAUCAUCAGUUGAUGGUCCGGUGGUCUCACAAUCCGUGGACGAGAACGCUAUCACCAACCAAAUUCGUGGAAAGGACAUUCGUAGACAGCCCUCGACGGCUCAGAGAGCACUAUCUGGAAUCUCGUCCUUCCUCGGAGGAGGAGGCGGUAAUACUCCAACUCAUGCUGGUCUCCCAAGAAUCCCUGGUAUCCCUCUCUUACCUGGUGGCAUUCCUCGCAACGCUCAGGGACAAAUUGAUGUCGUCAAUCUCAUUGGAUCAAUUACUCGUCGUCUAUCUAAUGGUACUACUCUGGCUGAUAUGCUCCCACCUGAGCAGCUGCAGACUUUGGCCGAUAACGUUACGGAUGCUUUACUUCCCGAGACUCCUACUGACUUCGAUCUUAGCAAAUUCAUGGGCAGAUGGUUCGAGGGCAUCAAUUCACCUCGAGCUACCGAACAACGAUGUGUCGUGCAUCAUUAUGGAGGACUGACCAAGAAUGACAAGACUGCCACAUUCACAGCACUGAAAAUCUACAGAGAAGGAUCUGAAUUCGGUCCUGUUAGGUAUUCCAUCGGCUAUGCUUUCCGAGGAGGAAACAAAGAUGCUAUGCUUCAGCUCCACACUAGUGAAAGCAGUGAUGCUCAACCAUUCUGGAUCUAUAAACUUGGACCAGAUGGCAAAGAUCCAUUUGGAAAUCCACAGUACGAAUACGCAAUCGUGUCCAAUUGGGUACGGUAUCCGGUUACAGUUCUCGUGAGGGAUCCUGAUACUUUCAAGGCUAAGUAUCAAACUGAGGUACUACGCUGGCUCGAGGAUCAAGGAUUUAUCAACGGUUUUAUCCGAGCAUUUAAUCUUCUCCAACCAUCCGGCUACUCAAGCUGUCAAUAUGCUGAUAGCACAUUCGAAGUGUUCGGAAAGUAG